AUGCUUCGCUCCGUGGGUUUGCUUGGUUGGGCCGUGCUGGCGGCGGCGUCCGAGAUGCGCAGCGACGAUUUCCCCAACUACGACCAGGGCACCAUCCCAGCCUGGAAGGACUUGGCCUCCUUGCGCGGCGCCCACCCGGAUGCCCAGGUCAUGAGCAAAGCGGAGUACCAUCGCCAGCUGAAGUCCCUGGACAUUCCGAGGCUCUAUCGACAGAUCGCGGCGCUGAUGACAUCUUCGCGGCCCUACUGGCCCGCCGACGGCCCGCAGGACGGCGACGUGCCCAGCUAUGCCGGGCUCUUCGUCCGCUUGGCCUGGCACUGCUCGGGAAGCUUCCGGCUGAUCAACGACACGCACGCCGCUGGGGGCUGCGAGGGCGCCCGGCAGCGGCACUGGCCGGAGAACGAGUGGCGUGACAACACCAACUUGGACAAGGCUCGGGGCCUCUUGGCGGAAGUGAAGCUCCAGUUUGCUGACGUGAGCUGGUCCGACCUCAUGACCUUCGCGGGCACGGCAGCGAUCAAGUUGAGCGGCGGCCCAGCCAAGAAGUUCUGCUUCGGGCGAAUGGACGAUGUGAACGGCGAUCGCUCCAUCCCACUGGGCGUAGAGGGUGUGACCCAGUGCCGUGGCAGCAAGUUCUGCAAGUCGGACGCCGAGUGCCCGAACGCCUUCCGCUGGCCAGAGCAGAACGACACAGACCAUGUUCGUUGCAACAUCGAGCAGCCCAAGCAUCGCCUCCAGGCCAGCCACUCCGUCGGCUUGAUCUAUGUUUACCCCGAGGGCCCCGAGCUCAAGAGCACGGCCGACGGCUACCAUUCUAACUUGGUACACAACCGCUCGCCGAAGCUCAGUGCCUUGGAGGUCCGAGACACCUUCCGUGAUCGGAUGGGCUGGACCGACCGCGAGACCGUGGCCCUCAUCGGCGGCGGUCACACCCUGGGCCGAACCCACGGCAACUGCAACCUCACCGGCACCAAGUGGGCACAGGCUCCUUACAACAACGUGGGCCCCUACUUCGAGGCCACGCCGGGCAGCCUGCGGGGGCCGACAGAUGGCACCUGCGGCACCGGUGCGGAGGCGGGCCGUGGCAAGAACACCGUGUCCUCGGGCUUUGAGGGCCCUUGGACGCGUAGCCCGUCCCGCUGGAACUAUGACUUCUUCGAAGCCCUGCUGUCGGAAGAGUGGGUCCCGGCGAAGAGCCCGUAUGGCGCUGACCAGUGGCACACCAGGAACGAAACCAGCAAGUUUGCUCGGACCAUGCGCCUGACUUCGGAUGUCUCGCUGGUUGCGGACAAAAUCUACCGCCCGAUCGUCGAGGAGUAUGCCGCCGACUAUGCCCAGUUCGAUGCGGACUUCGCCGAUGCUUGGUUCAAGCUGGUGCACCGUUCGGAGGACCAUCCCCACAAGGACGACCUUGAGAAGGAUGCCGGCGUUUGCACCAGCUUUGAGUUCGCGACUCUCCUGCCUUGA